AUGGCAUUAAAAGCCUACGAAGAUGCGUGUAUGAGAGCUGAAUUAUUUGGACAACCUAAACCCGACAGAGAUGAGUUUCUGUCAAAACAUAAACAUUUAGAUGUCUCGGAAUUUGAAGAAGUGGACAUAAAGACCACAGAGAAUACGGCCAUGUUGGACGAUGACUUAAAAGAAGCUAGUGGAGGUCUGACUGAGUUAAAUACAAUCCUUAAUUCAACUCAAACAAAACUAAACCGGUUAAAGGGCGUCUGCGGCACAGUUACGAACUUCUUCCGCAUUAAACUUGCGGCGAAAGACAAUUUAUCUUAUUCCAGCGAACCAAGUUAUAUCGGUCAGACGAAUUACGAUAAGGAUUAUAUACCACCGAAAAAUUCAGACGUGGCUUUUAUAAAUACAGGCCUUGGCCCCGACGACAAUGAAAUGACACCUCGCGCGAACAAACACAAGCAAAAUGGCGCUGACAUUAAUUCCGCGCUAGCAGAUUUAGAAGCAAUGGAAAUAGUCGAGAAUACAUCUUUAUUGGGUCAAGCGGCUGUUUUCGAUCACCGUAAGCAAAUUACAUCUCAAAUAAGCAAGUUGGAUAACAUGAUUCUUCAAGCAGGCAGAGCUCAAGACUCAUUGAACAGUCAAAAUAAACAAAUGAGGGCAUUUCUUCGAUAA